AUGGCGACUACUGCAAUUCAAUCUUCGAAGUACUUCGCGGUGGAUGUCGAGUGCGUUGCGACGGGGACGGACCACAAUGCGCGCUCAGUCGCGCAGGUGGCUAUUGUGGAUGAACACAUGAAUUUGUUACUGGAGCUGCUGCGGGAGCGCGGGGUGCCGCUGACGCAAGCCCUAGCUUCUGUACGUGCCGUACUACCUCGGGAUGCCGUACUCAUUGGCCAGAACAUCCGCCAGGACGUGGUAUGGCUGAAUUUGAAGGAGGGUGUCGACUUCGAGAGCAUGCAAGACCUGCAGGGCUUGUACCGCGUGUGGAACGACAAGUUUCGGAGCUUCUCGGUGUUCGCGCAGUCGCACCUGGCCCGCGUGCUGCUAGGCUGGCGGGAUGCCGAGGGACCCAAUGAACACGAUGCGGCGGAGGACGCCCGGAAGUCCAUGGCGCUGUUCAACCACCACCGCUUCAAGCUCCUGCCCGACCCACAGGCCAUGCGGGCGGCGCACGGAGCCCUAUUGGCGGGCCCCGUGGCGCCCUCCUUCGCCAAGCGCUACGCCACAUUUGAGGGCGUGUGCAUGGGCAAUCGGAAGACCUGCACCUGCGGGGCGCCGUUCUUCGGGUAG